UUGAUAACGUCUAUCCCAAAUUUGGCCUCUGACAAAUUUAACAUUGAUAUUAUAAGUAUGAAAAGUGAAAGCUAUUUCCGUACUUUUGAAAUUAUUGUUUGUCUCCAAGUCUGGCAACUGAAAGCGACAAAUCGGGUGGCAUAGACCAAUUGUCAAAGUUGUGUCAACCCCAAGUUUUGCUUUUGUCAAAAAAAACGUAUUAGUUAUUUUGUGCAUAUGUUUGUUUAAUUAAUUAAUAGUGAAUAACUCCAAAUCCAAUCGGAUGAAGCCGGAGACUCCAAAAUCAUCGGUUAUGACAGCAAAUACAAAGCCGAAUAAUGUGUUCUAUAUUUGGUAUACUGAACUCUGUCGAAGACUGAAUAGCAAUUCUGCGGCUAUAAUAAGACCCAUAAAUCCUAAAUGUAACACUGUAUUGGAUUUUGUGGCUGAUAGAUUAAAGUUAGAAGAUUGGAGUCCACUUCUAAAUGCACUUCGACAUGAUACGAGUUUACAUGUUAUAAAUAUUAGGAGUAGGAUGAGUAACUGUCAGUUUUUGCACGAGGUUGACACAGAAGAUAAGGCCCGUCGCAUGAAGCGCAAGUACGGUGCUCUUUGGACAGAUUUUAUCCUAAAUUCCCUUGUGAAAGCCCUAUCGUUUUCGAUGAAAAAAACGCAAGUGCUCACUUGCUUAGAGUUAGAUGGCUUACCAAUGUUCAGUAACUAUUUAGAUGGAUUACUUAAGGCCCUGAUGGAGAAUAGAACCGUAAAAAAUUUUUCUUUGACGAAUUGUUCGAUACAGGACGCAGGUUGUCGCUCAGUGUGUACAUGUCUUCAACUAUUACCAAACGUGGAAUGGCUAAAUUUAUCCAGAUGUGAUUUGUCUUCAGUCAGUGGAAUGUAUAUAGCUAAACUAAUAAAAUUUCAACAGCUCAAUCGAUACACGACGAGUUGGCACAAAUCUCUUCGUUACUCCGAACCAGAUUCCGAACAAAUGUGUGGUAUUAGACGUAUUACUUUGAAUGCUAACCCCAAACUCGGAAACGAAGGUCUGAGCUACAUUCUGAACGAAUUGGAGGACGAUUUAUGGAUCAAAGCGUUAGACGUUCAGAAGUGUGGCAUUACCGAGGAAAUUUCGAACAAAAUAAUCGAUAUCCUCCAGUAUAAUAGUUCGUUAAAAAUAGCUGAUUUCAGACAAAAUGAAGAUCUUCAUCCAUGCACCCUAGAAAAGAUCUUGGAAAUACUCAGGGAGAAAGAGACGUACGACAAUGGUGACAAUAAAUUUCAGUGGUGCAAUUCAGUGUUAUCCGUGAGUCCAUCAACACUUCCAUCCUCUUCAAGAUCUAGAGUAACGCCAUCUUAUCAAAGAAAUAAGACGGUGAUUUUGCCACCCAAGAGGAACAACAUCACCGAAAGAACAAUAAACAGAUCUAAAACUUCUAUAGAUAUAGUACGGAAAGGUAUUAACGGUUACUGCGAUAAAACUGCAACGAAAGACAUCAAUAGAAGGAAGUUGAUCGAGGUGAAAAUCAUGAAUUCGAAAGAUUUUGACAGGAUAGAUUCAGGUUGUUGUGGUGAUACCUUGAAGACGAAAGAAGUGGAGGUUAGUAACAGUGUGCAAAGGACGAAGAAUCCUAAAACCUUGAAAACCAACAAGAUAAAUCACACCACCAUAACGAAUAGUAUAGUUAAAACCUUUGGAAAACUUCAAAUUUCGAAAGAUCAUAAAGACGCACCCACCAAUACUCCAGCAGAUUCGCCAGUGCGAAAAAAAGAUGUUGCUCUGAGACCUUUAAACGGUAUCAAAAUCAAUGGAUUGAAGAACGGUUACAAGCAGCCAGAAGAAGAAGAACCAGCUGCUGUUUUGAAAAGCGCGAGUUGUAUGUUCGAACGAAUGGUGGAAGGAGCGCCCGCAGUAGAAGAAAAAACAGAAGACGCAGCAAGUCUGCUGAGUCCAUACCUGAAUAAACAGGAAGCUUGCAAAUUGGACAAGAGCGAUCUGUCCGACAGCCAAGUGUCCUUGUUCGAUUUCAUGCAAGAUUUGAUGGAAGAAGAGGAGCAAAAGCCGACCGAUCCAAAAAAAUUCAAAUCGAAACACCAUUACAAGGGAAAGAAAAACGGGAUCAAAUGAAAUCUGUCAACCGCUUGCGACUGCGAUUUUUGAAUACCCUAUCAGUUAUAAAUAUAUUUAUUUGGAUCCUUCUUCAGAAUAAAAGAAGUUUCAA